AUGGGCUCCAUAGCUACUUCCCGAUCUACCUUCUCCAAACGCGGCCAGAAUGCCAUUGAUCUCGGGUCCAAACGCAUCACCUGGGAUGUCAUCAGCAAUAUGUGGCAUCCCCAGACCAAUCCCUCCGGCAUCCUCUCCGUAGGAAUGGCCGAGAACACGCUCCUGCACGACAAACUCCUCUCGUACAUCCACGCCAACAUCCACCUCACGCCCACCCACCUCACCUACAACAACGGCAGCAUGGGCUCCAACGCCCUCCGCAGUGCCGUCUCGCACUUCCUAAACAGACACUUCAACCCGUUUCGCCCUGUAGAGCCAGCCCACAUCCUCAUGACAAACGGCUGCUCCUCUGCAAUCGAACACCUCUCCUGGUCCUUCCUGGACCCAGGCGAGGCCAUCCUCCUCAGCAAGCCUUACUACAGCACCUUCAUCGCCGAUCUCACCCUCCGCCCUGAGGCAGUGGUUGUACCUGUGGAAAUGGGAACCAUUGACCCCCUCAGCCCAGAGGCAGUCGAGCAGUACCGCAAAGCAGCAGACGACUUCGAGACACGGACUGGAAGAAAGGUGCGUGCUGUUAUGCUCUGUAACCCGCAUAACCCGCUUGGCCGGUGUUAUCCGCGCGAGACGGUCGAUGGGCUCCUGCGGCUCUGUCAGGCGCGGCGCAUGCACCUAAUAUCCGAUGAGAUUUAUGCGCUGUCGGUGUGGGAGAACCGUGUUGACGACACUAACACGAAGGUCCCUACUACACCAUUCGAGUCGCUUCUCUCCAGAGACACUUCCGGGCUUAUUGACCCCGAUCUCGUGCAUGUGCUAUGGGGCAUGAGCAAGGACUUUGGCGCGAACGGACUGCGCGUGGGUGCAGUGAUUACACAGUCGAAUGCAGAGUUCCAUAUCUCGCAGAAAUGCCUGUCGCUGUAUUCGUUUGUCUCGGGGGUAUCGGACCAGAUUACGGCGGCGGUUCUGAGCGACGAUGUCUUUACGGAUGGGUAUAUUGCUGCGAAUCGGGAGUUGCUCUCGCGCUCGCAUGCGUUUCUGGUAAGCAUUCUCAGGGAGAAUGGGAUUGACUAUUCGAGGGGGUGUAAUGCGGGCUUCUUUGUGUGGGUUAAUCUGGGGAAGAGGUAUCUGGAGCUGCAUCCGGGGUGUGGAUGUGGACAGGGACCGGAGUUGACGGAUCUGCUCUUCCAGAAGAUGCUGGAUGGCAAGGUGUAUGUGGCCCAUGGGACUGCGUAUGGCGCUGAGCGUCCGGGCUGGUUCAGGCUGGUGUUUUCGCAUCCUCUUCCCUGGCUGCAGGAGGCAAUGGUGCGGAUUCUGCGGGCAUUGAAUAUCUGUAACUGUAUUUAA